AAAGUGCUAAUUUGUUAGUAGCCAUGGAGUUGAAGGUUUUGAAGGCUGCCCUAGCACAGCAUUUUGAUACAAACACUGUUUCCUACCUUUAAUAUUUCUUGUAAAGAGUAUCAACUUGAAUGAGUACCAUUUUCAUGUGCUAGCGGAACCCGUAUUGGGGAGAUGUGCUCAUAGCUGAGCACCUAAAUAAGCUAGGCAAAAUAGGCAAAGGCAUUGCAUGGAUGACCAAUGCAGCAGCCUUGUGAAGAGCUAUCCAACCUAAGAGUGAGAGGAAGGCGGGGGCAUUUAGUGCUCUGGUGUACACAGCUAUUGUGAUGCUAGGAUUUUUCUGAAGGUCCCUCUUGCCUCCUGGGGAGGCAGGUGAUGCAGUGCAAGGUGAGUUUAUUAUAUUUAACUGACUUUUAAAGGAGGGAUGUGCAAAGUGACUGCAGUGGAGCUUUGAGGUGUCCUAGUGGACAUACUGGGUUGCCUUUCAAUAGGACCUGGAUUGUGGUUGAAUUCUGAUCUUCAUAAGACAGCAUUUGAAUAAAAAAGAAAGUAAAAUCUAAAUGGCCUCACAGCUUUCUAGCAGUAAGAGCUGUAAGCAACAGCACUAGGCAAUUCAAGACACCUAAAAUGGGAAGAGGACAAGAUGCUGCUGAGCAUGUCUAUCUCAGGCUGUCAUACCUGACUGCAUUUAGCAGAGCUGUGGCAGUGUACAUGGGGUGGCACGCAGAGCUGCUGUUGCGAGACUGCUUGUCCUGACAGAUUUGAAAUAGGGUCUGUGUGUUUCAGGCGCUGUUGUGCCAAAUUCGUUUCCCUUUGUUUCACUAAGCCUUUGGGCUGGUGCAGUGAAUAGCUGCAGAGGUGUUUUUUCAUAAUGCACUGGCGGGGGGGUGUGGGUGUACAUAAGCCAGCAAUCCUCACCCUCCCUGCUCAGUGGGCCAGAGUGUGGCUAAAAGAAAAACUCUUUUGCUCAAACCUCAGACAGUGGUGUAAGAGUUUUGAGUUGAAUUUGUGACGCUAGCAGAUAUGGUCAGAAAUUUGGGCAUCAUUCUUUCCUAUUUGAUGUGUGAAAUCACUCACUUUGGGGGUGUGUGGCCAGACAUACUUCUUUUCCUCUAUGUCAGGCACCAUUUGGAGCAAUAUAGCUCAAGCUGAGGGUGUGGUAUAAAAAUAUGCAGUCCCUUUGCUGCACAGAUAUUUCCAUUGUGAGCUUCUGAAGCAGAACCUCUACACAGAGGCUGGUCUUUGCAAGCCUGUGGUGUCUGCCCGGAACACGUGUUGACCGUUUCCUAGCUGCAUCCUUUGCUGCAUGGGAAUGUUCUCUGAUAAAUAUUGGGUGUCUUCCUUACAUAUGGGGAUGGGCCUUUUAGAGCUGAUGAGGAUGCCUUCUCAUUUAACAUGCCUGAAAGGGAGAGAGCAGCCAAAUUGUCCCCCGUCCUCCAGGACUUGGCAGGGGGCUGCGUGUUUUGAGUGCGUUUGGCAGAGUUUUGGUGUUCUGACUCAGCAAAUGGUAACAAAGGGAGGAUGGCGAAGCCUUCCUUUAUUCCAUAAUCCUGUUUGCUUUUCUGGAAAUCGGCUAUAGCCUCAGAAUCACUGACUCAAUUUUUGGAUCCUAUUCUCAUGACAAAGCGGCUGUCUGGUUUAAAACAAGCCCAUUAUAAAAAGGGUGCCUCGGAUCCAGGCUGUUUGUAACAGCUUCUGACGUUCCUCCAGCACUGGGGAGCUUGGCUGGAACGGAAAAUGUCCAGAGCUGGAACCAAGGUAAGUUUAUUUGCAGCCUAUACAUGAUUGUGGCUAGGAGUACAGAAUUUAUCAGGGGUAAAUUGUGGAGAAACUUGGGUUUCUUUGUUCUGCUGACAGCCUCCCCCUCUGUCAGUCUGUUGGCAAGAGGAGAUGCUUGAAAUCCCUCCUCAUAUGGAGGGAAGCUGAAGCUGAGCCCUCCCUAGUCUUUUCCCAGAUCUAGGUGUGGCUCUGCGAGAGGAUGGAGUGGAACACAGUGAGUGGCGAGGGGAUAUUUUAAAAUGCACCAGGACCUGAUGCCUUGUAAAUUGAUGGCAGAGGCUGCUGUGCCAGCAGCGAAUGUGACGAGCUGCAUUUGCAGAACAGAGUCUCGUGGAAGGCUUCCUUGGGAGGACCCGAGUCCCAACACCAGCGGCAGCCGCCACAUCCCCUUUCCAUGGUGGAACAAAGGAUGUGCUGCUGCGACAGAAAGAUGCCUGAAUGGUGACCAUAGCACUGAAGGCAAUAGCAUUCCCUGAGGGAUGCGAACCGGCCUUGUGAUUUGGUGGAAUUGGCAGAGAUUAAUUUAAACUGGAGAAGGAGGUAGAUCAGAAAGCUCAACUUCAGCUAGAGUGGUGUGCAUCAGGUGGCUAUCCAGCUCUAAUGGUGUGUUCUUCAGUCUUGAAGUUAGCAGAGCUGAGGUGGUCAUGCAGACCUUGUUGCAGGGUUGGGACUGGGCAGGGAUAAACAACUGGGAAAGGAGGGCGACAACUUUGGGCUACUGGCCAUUUUCUCCUGUGAAAUGUUAAACAACUGUUAAGAGGCUGUGGACAAACGUGUAUCUUUCCAUUGUGUGAGUUUUGCUUUUGGGUUACAUUCCUUUUAACCAUGGAGACCAUAAGACCUAAGGGGGCAGAGGGCUCAGAAGCAGAGUGACUUUGUAGUCACUGGCCGAUGCUAUGGAAGAUGUGGAUUCAGUCUCUGCUUCCUCGCUCCUUUUGACUGUCACCUUAGCUCAAAGUGGUUUGACUAUUUAUGAACAGUCUUUAGAAACUGAGGAUGGUGUGCUGCUUGCUUCUAACGUGGUGGCUGUCAUAUUGCAGUGGUACAGUCUUUAUGUACCUGUGCAUAAAGAAGGUGCUGGGGAAAUGUAACUGAUUCAUGCUCGAGUCUCCUGUCUGCUUGAAAAGACUUAAACAUAUACUGCCUUUACCCUUGCUGAAAGCUGUGUCCCCUGUGAGCGUGCUACAGGGAAUUCGUUGAUUAUGUGCCGCUGUGGUGCAGCAAAAUGUUCAAGAGGAGUUAAGUAAGUGAAAGAUUGUGAAUCUCAUCUUUUUUGUAUGCCAUGCUCUUGUCUAGCACAUUCCAGGGAGAAGAAAAGGGCAAAGGAGAGAAUUAAACACUGUUUCUCACAACCUAAGCAAGCGGUCUGCCCUAGAAGGGGGUCACUGCCCCCAUGCUCCUUACUUAGAAGGCAGUGGCCACUACUAAUUAUUUUUUACAGUUAUUGUUUACAAGCUUCCUUCUAACAGAGCUACUGUUGGGAAGAAAUAGAAUAACUGCUAUGAGGUGGCCAAGGGAGUAAGAGUUUUACAGUCCCGUAAGGAAGAUCUGCUAUGGCAAAUCUAUUAUCUGCCAGGUAAGCCCCAAAAAACAAAGUGUGGGCAGUGAGCAGUUAACAGGUUAGUGCUAUAGGCAGAGCAACUUGAUGGCUUUACUGAAGGAAGGUGAUUUGCAUUAGAGUAAGAUGCGACGAAUCUGGAAUUGAAAUCUGUAAUUCACCUGCCAUUAUCCUGCAGGUGAAAAACGUCAGUCUGGUCUGUUUGUGCCUGAAUCAUUGGAGGAAAGCUGAGAAGCACUGAGUGUGAAGUUCUGAAAUGAAUUGAGGGUGUGUGCAAAGAGCUGUGAUGGAGAAAUGAGUGGGCAGAAGCCCUCUCCUUAAGUCUUCCUAUAAGUGGUCUAAGAAUAAAACAAUGAACAACACUUCUGGUUGGUCACUGUUUUGUAGGAAUGGCCAUACCCUUAACGUGCUCUUGGAUUUCUUUGGCUUUGUGGCUUUUUAAGUACAGGGAAAGUACCCUCCUAGGAACACCAGGUAGCUUUGCCAAAUUGAAGUUCAUUUGUGUUAGGCUGGGUGGGGAAGGGACAUCAAAUGAGAUUUUCUUUUCUGUUACAAAAUUAAAGGCCAACUUAACCAACUUCAUGCACAGUUGCUGUGGUAGGGCAUCGCAAGAGGAGCUGGUGCUGCUGGAUGCCAGCCACAAAAUCAAGGCAGCUCGUGAGGAGCCAGGACCAGAGGUGAUGGAGACCCGUUCUUUUCCUACUGCCAGUCACCCUGCUGUGAAGCAGGAGAAGGCAUACCUCUGCCUGGGCAGGCCGCUGCCUGCAUGGAGACCAGACCUGUGGUCUUACAGACAUUGGGCAGGGUUCAUCAUCGGCCGUGCUGGAUGCUUGCUGCGUGUACAGGAGUGGGACUGCAGAUCAGAAGGGGCUGUAGAGCUCAGGGAGUGAGGUUGAAGAGGGUGAGAGCUCAUCAGCUCUCCCAGUGGGGAGGGUAAUGGCUGAGCCACGAAGAGAUGCGUCCCUGUGUACUGCCCUGUGGAGGGUAUUACAGGGGUGCUGUGGCUUCCUUGACCACUGCCUUCAAGAAGAGGAUUACUGGUGGUGAGUGACUGCCAAACCUCAGCGAGCAGGGCUUUUGGUAUCACCUCUGGGCUCAUGCUGGCAGAUUUUUCAGGUGAUACCUCUAGGGACAAAGGUCCAGAAGCAGGAUCUGUAAAACAACAGCAGGGUUGUGGCUGGCAAGGGCUGACCAGCAUGGUUAACUACCCAAUAGUAGAAGUGUGGGAAAACAGGAAUUGGACAUUUUAGUGCACACCUUUUUACAAACUUCAGUCACUUGCUGGAAAGAUGGUAGUGAUCUCCCAACUCUCCAUUGCACUGAAGAUGGGAGGAGCUUGCUCAGGAGGGAGAGAUGUGGGGACAGGUCGCUUUGUAUGCGCUGGCUGCUUCGUAAUGGGAGAUCAGUCUCUUGAAAGUAAGAGGAAAAUGUGAGGGAAAUAACAUUAUCCUAAUAAAGGUCUACUAACAGGCCACAGGACCAAGGACAUAAAUCCUCUGGCAUGAUUAGUCUGACUCCACAGGUACCUGGUCAGGCUGGUGGGACACACUGACCAACCAGCUCUAGGAAAACUGUGGCAAACUUAUUUUUUAACACAAAGCGAGUGGAAAAAAAAAAAAAAAAAAAGAAGAGUGGGUUGUCCUAGAUUUGAGUCUAUCUCCUGGGUUGAAACUGUGACAAUGAACAGUAUUUUUAACAGCGGUGAUGUUAGAUGAAUACCAGUAGCCAAAGCACCACAGGUGAAGUACAACCAGCUAGGAGCAAAAGGUGAUCAUGUAUCUUAAUACUCAAGCUAUGGAAAAACUAUGGGGAAAAUGGAUUAUGGAGUACUGCAUGUUAGAUGUUUAAAUCACCGUGGCCAGAAAAACUCUCUCCAGAGCAUCUGGGGGAAUUGGCUGAGGCAGUUGUAGAUGCUACCAAAUAACCCAGCAGCAUGUAUAGGGCUGAUGCUGUACUGGAAGGCUGGAAAAGGUGAAACGCUGUCUUGAGUAUGCACUGCAUUGGAUCAACUAACUUGCGCAUCAGUUGAUUCAGUGCAAGGCUCUAAAAGACAUUGGAGUAAGUAAUCAAACUCCUGUUAAGGUUGAAGACGGGCUGGUGGUUGGGUGCAGCUGAAAAGGAUCUGCUGAGAUGGAUUCACGUCAAACUAAUGUAAUUUUUGGCAUGGUCUGGCACCACAUCAUAAGCAAGCAAGGGAUAUAGUCAAAAUAGACAUGAUGGUUUGGGAACCCUUACUGCAAAGAGCAGCUUUUGAUGAAUAAUUGUCAUCUGGAAGGAUCUAAAAAUGGGGCUGUACAAAAGACUGGUCUGGGUCUAGGGCUUGGCCAUAUUUCCAUAAAGGGCUUUUUGAACAAAGCAUGUGUCGCUGCUGUAGGGCUGGCUGGGUUGGUGAUACCUCAGGCAAGAGGAAUGGGAUUUGCUCACCAGCUCUUGAGAUCAUUUUGAAAAAGUUUGCGAUCAAGUAGGGAAAAAGUGUCCCUUAGCAAAGUGCUUUACAGUCAGCUGCCUGGCUGUAGAGCAGCUCUUGGGAAAGAAAUGUGGUGGUGGAUCGGAAAUUUGUCAGCCGUAUAGCAAACUUGCAGCAACCAAAACGGAAGAAGCCAACUGCAAAUGCAGAAAACAGAAAAAGCCAACUUUGGAUGUCUGAAGAACUGUGCUAUCCACCGCAUAUGUGGAGCACUCCUUUAGGUUUUUUUGGCACUGGUAAAGCUUACGUGAUGUCCAGCUUUUGGUGUUGAUUUUUGAGAAAGCAAGCUGUGGACUGUUAGAGUGGGAACAAGGAGAACAAUCGCAGUGCUAGAAGACAUGACCCAGGAGGAAAGAGAACUCAGCACCCCCUUAUCAGUAUAGGUCUAACUGCAAACACUAGGUAAGCCAAUAUAAAUGAAAUGCUGCUUAGUACAGUCCAUUGACUACUUACAGCUUCCUUGGCCAUAAUCUAGUAACUACUGAUCUGGAGAAGGUGGGAGGGAAAUAUAUUAAUAGUGUUUUGCUGCAAAGAGGACAGGGACUUCACCAAGGGAGCUUUGGGUUGGAUUGGGACAGAACUAGGUGCUGGGAAGGGCAAGACAUUGGUGGCAGCUGGAGGCAUUGGGGCCACACUGGUGAAUUGGCUGCCAGGGUUAGUUGGGAUGCAGUUGAUCCUGCUCAAUGGUUAGGCUUGAUGACUUUUUGAUAUCUUGAGGACUCUGUUUUCAGAUACUUCACGCCAUGAUGCAGCUAGCAUAUGGAUGCAGGCAUGUGCUGGGGGACGAGGAACUUCCUUGCUUUCCUUCCUCUGCUUGUGUUUCAGGUCACCUUCUAUGAAGACAAGAAUUUCCUAGGCCGUUGCUAUGAGUGCGACAGCGACUGCCCUGAUUUUCACACCUACCUGAGCCGCUGCAACUCCAUUCGGGUGGAUGGAGGCACCUGGGUGGCCUAUGAGAGGCCCAACUUUUCCGGGAACAUGUAUGUUCUGACGCACGGGGAGUAUCCUGACUACCACCACUGGAUGGGCCUCAACGACCGCCUCGGCUCCUGCAAAGCCGUCCAGAUACCAAGUGGAGGCCGGGGCCACAUCCAAGUAUUUGAGAAGGGAGAUUUUGGCGGGCAGAUGUUUGAAGCCACCGAAGACUGCCCUUCCGUCAUGGAGGAGUGGCACAUGCGCGAGGUCCAUGCCUGCAGAGUGCUGGAGGGCGUCUGGGUUUUCUACGAGCAUCCCAACUACCGGGGCAGGCAGUACCUGCUGCCCAAGGGGGAGUACCGCAAACCCGUGGAGUGGGGAGCAGCGAGCCCUGCUGUUCAGUCCUUCCGCAGCAUCGCCGAGUGAGGCAGCCCAUUGACUGGGUUGCCGGAGGCCGUCAAUAAAGCAACUGAGUCGCUCA